UUUCAGACAACACAAUCUGCUUCGACACUCCGCAGGGCGCAGCCUCCGCUAUCGCCUCAGGUGACAAGCAGGACACUCUUCUUAGGAUAUCGUGAGGUUAUUUGCCUUAAACUUGAAUCAAAUCAUUGCAUAUUGAGUAGACAUCAACGCGUUGUUUCUGCUGGGGCUUUCCUGAAGAACGUUAGGGUUUUUUACAAGCUUUCAAUAAAGGCACCUUCUCUCUCUCAAUCGCUAGCUUUCAAAUUCGCUAGCUUUGAAUUUGAAGGGACAAAACUGAUACAAAUUAGUGUCUUCCCCUUUGUUGAACAUCAAGCAGAAAUCAUGAUGCAGACUGAAAGUGCUCUGUCUGUUGUCGGUCCAAGGCCAAUGGAAAUAUCUACCGUUUCAUAUGGUGGUCCUCAAGCAUCGAAUGGAAAGCAACGGACAUCGAGUUUGGAGUCACCGAUUAUGUUACUAACUGGUCAUCAAAGCUCCGUAUAUACAAUGAAGUUCAAUCCAGCAGGAAACGUCAUUGCAUCUGGGUCUCAUGACAAAGAAAUUUUUCUUUGGGACGUGCAUGGUGAUUGCAAGAACUUUAUGGUUUUAAAGGGGCACAAGAAUGCAGUUUUGGAUCUUCAGUGGACUACUGAUGGGUCACAGAUAAUAUCAGCCAGCCCUGACAAGACUCUGAGGGCAUGGGAUGUUGAAACAGGUAAACAGAUAAAAAAGAUGGCAGAGCACAACUCUUUUGUUAAUUCAUGCUGUCCAUCCCGGAGGGGACCACCUCUUGUUGUCAGUGGAUCUGAUGACGGCACUGCCAAACUUUGGGAUAUGCGGCAAAGGGGAGCCAUCCAGACUUUUCCAGACAAAUAUCAAAUCACAGCAGUCAGUUUCUCCGAUGCAUCAGAUAAGAUAUACACGGGAGGAAUAGACAAUGAAGUUAAGGUAUGGGAUCUGCGUAGAAAUGAGGUUACAAUGACUCUUCAAGGCCAUCAAGACAUGAUAACUGGUAUGCAGUUGAGUCCAGAUGGCUCGUAUCUUCUAACCAAUGCCAGGGACAGCAAACUUUGCAUAUGGGACAUGCGCCCAUACGCCCCCCAAAAUCGUUGUGUGAAGAUUUUAGAAGGGCACCAACACAACUUUGAACAGAACUUGUUGAAAUGCAACUGGUCACCUGAUGGAAGCAAGGUGACGGCUGGUAGUUCAGACAGGAUGGUGUAUAUAUGGGAUACGACUUCUCGGCGCAUUUUGUAUAGGCUACCAGGCCACAAUGGAUCUGUCAAUGAAUGUGUCUUCCAUCCCAGUGAACCCAUUAUCGGAUCAUGCAGUAGCGAUAAACAGAUUUAUCUCGGUGAGAUCUGAAAUACAUUGCUGUUUCAUUAACCUGGCCCUUGAUGGGUGUGCAAGUGACAGUUCUACUUGUUUUUUCCCAUGUAAGCUUGACUGGAGUUGUGCCUUUUCUGUUGUGCUAGAUGAAUUCUGUGACCGACGUAUAUUUUACUCGAAUGUUCUUGCAACAUGGGAAUAUGGUGCUACAUUUAUCAAUAUCUAGGACAAUUGUAGUAUGAACUAUGCAUAUAGGUACGCUCGCUGGUGGUUUCACUUCCAUUAGUGUAUGAAGUCUUUCUUUAAAAAAUCUUCUUGCUGAGCUCA